AUGCUGACACUCUGCUACUUGUCUUUGCCAGUGACGACCGUCGACCGACAAGUACAUCGCUCUCCCCAGAUUCUCUUCCGCCCUCUUGUAGCUCGCUUUGACACUGUUCGAGCUAGUAUGGCCACUCAGUCCGUCUUGCUAAGAAAUAAGCCGCUACUGGCCACCAUCGCUGUUGGAGGCGCAGGCUGGCUGACUGCAUUCUUGGGACAAUGCGUCGCGGAAGCAGAUUAUCGCCAUCAUGGCGGCACCCACUCUGUGAUUGGCAUAGCCUGGCUGGGCAUCUUCUUGCAAGUCGGCUUGAUCUAUUCAGUUCUCUAUUCUUUCCUGCUCGAACGGAGGGACGAAGUCAGGCAUCAGAUCAGCGCAUUCCUUGCCAUUACGAUCGUCAUUGCAGCUAGCGGCAUCAACACGGGCAUCUAUGGCCCUACAAGCGCACUCGAAGCAGUCGGAGUAGGCUGGCUUCUCAUUAUCAUCGUCGACAUCCUGUGGUUGCUCUACUUCACCUCUUCUGAAGACGGUCAAUUCUUCAGGCUCUUUGGCGAUCCGAACACGCUCCAGCAUCGCCGCAGUGUUUCUCGCUUGUCGAAAUCACGCGACAUGCAUCGCUCGCCUGUACCCACGCCUGCAACAACAUCGGGCUCAUUCGUUUCUUCGGCUUCCAAUGGCCAAGCGCUAGGCACGUCCAGUCAAAAUAUGAUCAGUGUGAACAGCAAUCAGACGGGCGCGAAUGGUUCGACGCACUAUCUUGCCAAUCCUCCCGUCCGAACAGGUGGUGAUGAUCGUCCGCCGACACAGCAGACCCAUCGCUCGACGGGCUCAAUGUCAAUCGCCGAACCCGUUGGCCAAGCAAAAGCACUCUACGCUUACAGCGCCAAUCCAGAAGAUCCCAACGAGAUCUCAUUCACAAAGGGAGAGAUACUGGAUGUGCUGGACAAAUCUGGCAAGUGGUGGCGAUGCCGACGACAAGCCUCGAGCGAGGUCGGUAUAGCGCCGAGUAACUACCUCUCGCUCGUCGAAUCUUAG